GCUCUAUCAGCUAAUAGGGAGGUAGGAAGAAAAGCGGGGCGUACCUAUAGUGACAGAAGUCUUAUGGUUCCGCGCUUGUUUGGAUGCACAGUUAGCGAAAAUGUCGGGCGCGAAGCAAUGUCCUGAUUGCGGCUCCUCAGAUAUAGUGGAGGAUGCGCACUAUUCCCAGGAUCAGGUGGUGUGUGCCGACUGCGGCUGUAUUCUGAGUGAAGGCCUAAUCACCACCACCGCUGCGGAGGAGAGUCACUUGCAAGCUGUGAGAUUUGCCGACAGCACCGGAGAGAAUGACUCGAUGACCGUUAGUAAGCUCCGGGGAAUUGUACGUGUGCGGAAUAUCUGCAGAGUCCUAAGACUACCUGACGGCUUUUCAGAUACAGCAGUAUCCUACUAUGAACAAGCUUAUAAGCAUCCCCUGUACCACUCUGUCUCCAUUGAGAAGAAGGAGAUAAUUGUGGGCUGCUGUGUGUACAUCACUUGCAGGCAGCACCAAUGGCCUAUCACUAUGGCUACUAUUUGCUCUUUGGUUUAUGCCAAGAAAGAACUGUUUGCGAGCAUUUUCCUGAGCAUAGUGCAAGUACUGAAACUGGAUGUCCCAUCUGUUAGCCUCCAGAACCUUGUGAUGAGUCACUGCAGAAGCUUCAAGCUUUUUAAGGACUCGUGCGAGGUUCCUUCACAUUAUGCAGAGAAAUUGGACACAGUGUCAGAGAGGACUGUGCAGACUGUGGAACUGGCAUAUGAAACAUGGCUGGUGACUGGCCGGCACCCUAUUCCCAUAAUCACGGCAGCGGCCUACAUUUCCUGGCAGUCCUUGCUACCAGCUCGCCGAUUAUCAUGUUCUUUAUCACGAUUCUGCAAGUUGUCUGAUGUCGACCUGCCGCCACCUUCAGCAAUUCGGUUAAGGGAGCUGCAGGGUACCCUUAUUAAGUUGUCUGUUUAUCUCCCCUGGCUAAAGGUAUUAUCAUUAAAUAAAAAGACUGUAGUGCAGCACUUGGGCGACUUGCUAAGGCAUCGAGUGUUUCUUCUCAGGAAAGCACUGGCAGUCACUGAAGCAGAAUUAUCCAGAGGGACACUGGCAGACACUGAGGCACAAUUAUCCAGAGGGACACUGGCAGACACUGAGGCACAAUUAUCCAGAGGGACACUGGCAGACACUGAGGCACAAUUAUCCAGAGGGACACUGGCAGACACUGAGGCACAAUUAUCCAGAGGGACACUGGCAGACACUGAGGCACAAUUAUCCAGAGGGACACUGGCAGACACUGAGGCACAAUUAUCCAGAGGGACACUGGCAGACACUGAGGCACAAUUAUCCAGAGGGACACUGGCAGACACUGAGGCACAAUUAUCCAGAGGGACACUGGCAGACACUGAGGCACAAUUAUCCAGAGGGACACUGGCAGACACUGAGGCACAAUUAUCCAGAGGGACACUGGCAGACACUGAGGCACAAUUAUCCAGAGGGACAAAAGCUCUUUCCUCUAAUGAUCAGCGAAAUUCCACCUUUGUUUUUCUUCCCCCGUGUGUGAGCAACCCAAGAAAAAGAAGUCGCUCCAUUCCAUUUCCUCGUGGUCAUCUGGACAUAACAGGGGACGAGGACAUCUCGGAUAGUGAAAUUGAGCAGUACUUACGGACACCUGCUGAAAUGAAAGAAUUUGAGCAGGCCCUGAACAGAGAUGAUGAGUUACCAAAUGCCUAAUGUUGGAUAUAAAUAUCUGCUAAUCAUAUAACUAGAGAGAGCUGGGAUAAUAAUGUCAUAUUUGGAUGAUAAUUGUGCCCUUUAACCUCUUGAGCUAGUCCUUCUGGUACGAAUUCAGGUUUCCCAGAGUAAAAGCACUAUCCCUGCAUGACUGCUAAUAAUCUUCUCAUGUCUUAGUCUUUUCACUUCAUUGCUUUCCAUGAGAUCGGCCGUGCAUAAGCGUAGUACUGCCACAUCCUUCAACGGUUUAAAGGAGAACUAUCGAUUUAUGGUGUGCUUUUAACCCUAUCAGCAGUUUCCCUUGGGUUCUGCCUAACACCCAGGGCAAUACCAAAUACAGACUAAUAAUUGCACAAUUAUACUUGGCAAUUGUCAUUUCUCAUAGAUAUCAGUUUUUUUUUUAUAAUAAUACAUUAUCCAUCUCUUGAUUUAAAGCAUCACUUUAAUGAAUUAUGUCCAUGAAGUAAAAUGAUAACUCUAACCUUCAAUCUUGAGCAUAAGGGGAAUGACAGUUUUGUACUUUGCCUUUUUUUUUUUUUUUAACUUUUUUUUGCUGUAUGCACUAAUGUAAGCACUGCCCCCUGCCUGCUGCAGCCUGUAUGUGUAGGCAGUGGUUAGAAGAGUCCCUGUAAGACAAAUGAUAAAUGCACUACCUCAUUGUGCCUUUUGGAAGUCUGUUCAUUAUUUUUUUUCUGUUUUUUUGUAUGUUAUUUCAUGAUUUAUGCAAAACACAUCCAGGUUUUAAUACAAAUGAUGAAUUCAAUUAUACUGCUUAUACUGUUAUCUGUGUGUUGCCGAAUGUGCAGAGUUGAGUUCUGGGGACUGGAGGGGAAGCCACGUGUUCAGUUGCCCACGCUCUUCCUUGAACUUCAGGUAGGCCUGACACAAAUCCUUUUCCACACAGCUUGAAGCCACCCAACUGCAUAAUGGAGGAUUGCUUCUCUUGGUCAGGAUGUAGUUAAUAGUUUGCAAGGACAGGUGCAACACCCUCAAAUAUCGUUUUCUACCACCGUUUUUGACUAAAGGUUUUAUUCACUGCAGGUUACAUUUCAUGUUUCAUGUGAGCUCACUGAUUACAGGAGAUGUAAAGUCCCAAAAAUGAUUUUCAGGUUCCCAGAGCUAUAUUCAAUAUACUUCCAUGUAAUAAUCCGUUCCAUUUUCAUGAAAACCGUAAUCCUUUUGUGGCCACCCACUGUCUGCUUCCCAUUAAGGACUUGGAGCAGCGGUGAUCCUAAAACAGCCAUUGGCCAGCUAAGGAUUUCUAUGCACAGUAAUUGGAGGGAGAGUAGAGAAGGGAAAAUUUCAUUGCAGAGGAUCAAUUAUCAUGUAAAUUGUACAAUUCUUUAAAAAAAAAAAAAAAUUAUAUAAAAGAUAAGCUCGGGUUUUGAGGUGGCAUCUGAAAAUCAUUUAUUGUUCUUUGACUUUACUUACCCUUUAAGAUUUGUAAGUAAACCAAGACUGUCUUUCAGUCUUAAAUUGUGAAAUUUUGGUAAUAUUUGACAUAAAGGGCUAGCCUGCUACUUUCCCUUGAAUGCCGCAAUCUGAAAGAUGUUUAUUGACUUUUUACUUUUACUAACUGGCAUAUGAUAUUCUUUUUUUAGCUGGCUUUGAAUAAAGUUACCUUGAUGUA